AUGAAGAAAUUGACGUGGUGUCAGUAGAGACAGUUCCACAGUUGACCACACCUAGCUAUCCUCCAAGGAGAUUGGCCUGUGGAAUCAGGAAGGGGCGGCUAGUGCUAACCACCCAGCCGGUAACGCGUCUAACUUCUUCGGACUCCAAUAGUAGCGAUACCGGAUUUUCGGGUAAUUUAGUGGUUCCUGUGAAAUCAAAGAAAAAGUUACGUGUUAAUGGUGCCGUAGUCCGGUGUUCUGGUGCGAUGUCCAGGCCAAAUUUACCUAGCCGGUCAUCUUCGGAUUCCGAAGACCCCGUAAGACGAAAAGAGCACAACAGCAUGGAGAGAAAGCGAAGAGACGAGCUCAGGUCAGCUUUUCAGACUCUUCGCGAACAAGUUCCUGACCUCUGCGAUAACCCCAAGGCCGCAAAAGUUGUCAUUUUAAAACGAGCAGCGGCGUGUGCGAACCAACUCACCAACAGUGGUGAACAACUUGAAAAGACUGUACAAGCUUUAACUCGUAAAAGGAACGACCUACAGAGAAAACUACAACAAUUACAGAGAAACAGUUUAUGUAGAUAA